AUGGCGGGCUCCGAGCCGGGGCAGGCCUCUGCGCCGGGCGGCGCCGGCGACACCUCCCUCCUCAGCAGCGCCACAACGUGGCCCUUGAAGCGCUACGGCCGCUUCCUACCCCCGACGGACGGCGACGAUGAAGGGCAAAACACCUCCUCUUGGAAGGUGGCGGGGCGCGGCGAGGCUGGGGUGGGGGCUGGCUGCUUGGUUUUGCUGUUUUUGAAUCAAAUGAACUCUGCGCCGGGCGGCGCCGGCGACACCUCCCUCCUCAGCAGCGCCACAACGUGGCCCUUGAAGCGCUACGGCCGCUUCCUACCCCCGACGGACGGCGACGAUGAAGGGCAAAACACCUCCUCUUGGAAGGUGGCGGGGCGCGGCGAGGCUGGGGUUUUUGAAUCAAAUGAAGAAUCAGGCUAUCUUAUCAUUACCAUUGUGGUAUCUGGCCAUUUCUUUAUUUCCCAAGGGCGAACAGUACUGGAAGGCUUUUCAUUAAUUGAUUCCCACAACUGGUUAAAGAUAGUAAGAAGAGCAGACUGCCUGCUGCUUCAUGCACAGUCAAAGAACGAAUGCCGCAUGUUUCGUGUUCAGUUUGGUGGAGAUUCAAAGGAACAGAUGCUGGAACACUGCUGCAAUUGCGUUCAGAAACUUGCAGAGUACCUCCCGGUUCAAGUAACUGAUGAACGAAGCCAGCAGCUCUAUCACAGUCUCGAUCAGCUGGCUAAUGGUGAAAAUCAAGUGAAGGAUACUGAACAAAAUGCAUCAGUACUACAUACAUCUGUGCUGAAACAGAAGUUUGAGCCCCCCCUUGGGUAUCGGCAUUCAGCGUGGCGCGCACAAGAGCUGGGGCCCUUCAUUCGCUUAUGUCUCAUGGAUCAGAAUUUCCCAGCUUUUGUGGAAGAUGUGGAGAAGGAAUUGAAAAAACUCACGGAAAGCUGA